GUAAACAAGGCGUACAUAUCGAGAUCCCUCCGCAACCUCCCGACAAUGUCAAAGUAUUGGCGAGCCUCGGAGAUACAUUGCCUCACCUCUAUCAGAUCUCCGCGAGUUCUCAGACCUGAGCGUCUCACAGACGUUCGUGCCACUGACAUCUUCUUCGCAGCAUUCCAAUGGAGGGAGAUCGAAAAGGCAGAGGACCGAGAUACUGUAGGUGUAGGAUGGCCAAUGGCCGAGUGCCUGGACGGGCAGCCGAGCUUCCUCGCUUACUGUCCGGCCGGCGGUAUCAUGCAAACGACCCUAGCUCCGUAGCGCUGGCACGUCACUCUGACAACAAAAUCUCCAUCCCCUCCACCGCCAUCGACGACCUCCGCACCCUCCUCCGUCUCUCCCGUAUCCCACGCAAGACUUUUGAGAGUGUCAAUGCGGAUAGGGAAAACAAGUUUGGUAUGACGACCGCCCGUCUUGUGCAGUUGCGGGAUGCUUGGUUGGACUUUGAUUGGCGGAAACAAGAGUCCUAUAUCAACUCCCACCCCCAAUACCUCGCCACCCCCAAAACGAGCGACGGCAAAGAGCUCAAAAUCCACUUUGCAGCCCUCUUCUCCAAGAAGAAGGACGCGAUCCCGAUCAUUCUGAGCCACGGCUGGCCUGGGAGUUUUAUGGAAUUCUAUGGGAUUUUGGAUCUUGUCAAGAAACAAUACACGCCCGAGACGCUUCCAUACCACCUCAUUGUCCCCUCUUUACCCGGGUACGCAUUCUCCUCCCCUCCGCCUCUCGACCGCGACUUUAGCGUGCAAGAUAUCGCGUUUGUGUUCAACAACCUCAUGACCGGAUUGGGCUUUGGUGGCGGGUAUGCAGCGCAGGGAGGGGAUAUCGGGAGUUUCGUGACGAAUGCUUUGGGGGUGUAUCAUGAGGAGUGUAAAAUCAUACACCUCAAUUUCCGUCUCCUCCUCGGCAAACCCACCGGCUCCACCCCCACCCCCACCCCCUCCCCCUCUUCCACCCAAUCUCAAACACCCGCCGAUCCCCUCCUCCCCCUCCAAACAUUCGGCUACGCCCUCGAACAAGGCACCCGCCCCUCCACCAUCGGCAUCACCGUAUCCACCAAUCCCCUCUCCCUCAUCUCCUGGAUCGGCGAGAAAUACGACGCUUGUCCGGACCAGCCGUUUACGAUGGAGCGGUUGUUGACGUUUGCGAGUUUGUAUUGGUUUACGGAUAGUUUUUCGUCUUCGAUUUAUCCUUAUCGAUAUGCGUUUGGUAUCAACCGACAUGUCCCGACAGCGGAGAAACAGUUCCAAAAGACGCCCACGGGGUACAGCGUCUUUCCCUACGAACUUUUCCAGCCAUCGGAGGAAGACCUCAAACGUACUCUCAACCUCGUCUACUAUAGACAACACAAGGCUGGCGGUCAUUUCGCGGCGUUGGGCGAGCCAGAGACGCUCUGGGGCGACGUUGAGGAGUUUGUCAGGGAGAAUUGGGAUAAGAGCAAGAUUUCGGCACAUCUUUGAUUGUCUACUGUGGUUCUCAUUGUCUCUGUAUAUGCACUCCCCUCGCCCUAUGGACCCGGACCAAACAAAGGUCAGGCAUUUACAACCGCGGAUGAACCGCGGAUGCCAAAUGG